GUAAACACGUGUAGAACAAAUUGUUUAGAAAAAAUUGUUUAAGAAAUUGCGACACAAUGCGCGAUAAUACACCACCGCAUCAUCAUGACUUUGAUGAUGGUGAUGAUGAGAUUCUGGAGGAAAUCGAACUGAAUGGUGAUCCGCCACUGGACGAUGAUGACGAAUUGGAAAUGGAAGAAGUGACACUGGCGGAAUUGGAAGCUCGCCUAGGCAUGCUUGAACACGAUGAUGAACCAGAUGAAGAAGAAAUCAGAGACCAGGAGCGCAUAGCGGCAAUCAAAGAUGAAGCGACUGUUACAUUUAGUACGCACACAGCUCCAGUAUUUGCCUGCAGUUUGCACCCGAAGCACAGCUGGGCUGUGACUGGCAGCGAAGAUGACCGCGCACUUGUGUGGGAUACAAAUACCGGCGAGGUGCUUUUUAAGAUAACAGACCACAAGGACACAGUUACCGAAGCACACUUUAGUCACGAUGGCACCUACUUGGCCACUGGCGACAUGUCCGGCGAGCUGCUGGUCUUCAAAGUAAGUGAACAGCAAGACGAGCGACCGAUUAUGACCAAAGUUUGGGAAUACGCGAUGUUCGAUAUGGCCUGGAUGUUCUGGCAUCGUGGCGCUAAUGUCUUGAUAGCUGGCAGCGACAGUGGCGAAGUCUAUGUGUGGCGCAUUCCAAGUGGCGAUUGCAAAAUAUUGGCUGGCCAAGCUUCGCGUUGCGAGAGCGGUGCGCUCACUGGCGAUGGCAAGAAGCUGCUAACAGUUUACCUAAAUGGCGCAGUUAAGCUUUGGGAUCUAAAGACGUGCCAAGUGCUCAUGGAGGUGAAUGAGCAGCACCCACUGGGCUUCGGCGAAAUCACACAUGCGGUUGUGGCCUGUGAUCGUGAAUCACCAUUAUAUUUGUGCGCCGAGGGCAAUGGUAAAAUGCUCUUCUGCACCAACAAUGGACCAGUAAACAGCAUACAAUCUGAACAUGGUAUCGAGUGCGUUGCCUUUGCGCCAGCUUCAUCUGACCUGAAACUAUUGGCUUGCGCUUCGCUGGAAGGACAGAUUUCCAUUUGGGACUAUGCCAAAUACUCACUGCGCACCAGCUGCGAGGUUCCUGUGCCAAAUGACGGAGUUCUGUGUCUUAAGUGGCUCAAUGAUAACACCAUACUUGUGGGCACGUCUCAGGGUAAUCUUCAUGCGUUUGAUGCACGCUCGGGUGCACUUAAGUUUAAACUAACUGGACACCAUUAUCAUUUAUAUGACUUUGUUUACAAGCCCGAGGAGAGCUUGCUAUUAACUGUAUCGGAGGACACAACAGCCAAAAUAUUUAAAGUGCCACCGCUGGGCGAUUAAAAUUCAAAAUACAUUCAAAUGUAUUAAUUGUAAAUGUGAUUAGUGUAUGCGUCCUUUUAACAUUAAAAGGCUUAACAUAGCUAAAUGUU